AGAGCCCUUGUCCUUGAAGGGGAUUGAGCGAGCCGAGGGGAGGGGUAGGCGGUGCUCGGGUUUCCAAUCACAAUGGAGAAACCUAAGAGGCCGCGGAGGUGGUGGGGCUCCGCCCCCUCCUCCCUCCUUGCGGAUCCGGCGCCGGAGGAGACGCAGGCUGCUGACAUUGUCUUCUCCGCACCACUGUUUCUGGGGUCUUCAGAGCCUUCUCUCUCCCGUGCAAAAUGGCAACUCUUAAGGAAAAACUCAUUGCACCAGUUGCAGAAGAAGAGGCAGCAGUCCCAAACAAUAAGAUCACUGUAGUGGGUGUCGGACAAGUUGGGAUGGCGUGUGCUAUCAGCAUUCUGGGAAAGUCUCUGGCUGAUGAGCUUGCUCUUGUGGAUGUUUUGGAAGAUAAACUUAAAGGAGAAAUGAUGGAUCUGCAGCAUGGGAGCUUAUUUCUUCAGACGCCCAAAAUUGUGGCAGAUAAAGAUUAUUCCGUGACCGCCAAUUCUAAGAUUGUAGUGGUAACUGCAGGAGUCCGUCAGCAAGAGGGGGAGAGUCGUCUCAAUCUGGUGCAGAGAAAUGUUAAUGUCUUCAAAUUCAUUAUUCCUCAGAUCGUCAAGUACAGUCCUGAUUGCAUCAUAAUUGUGGUUUCCAACCCAGUGGACAUUCUUACAUAUGUUACCUGGAAACUAAGUGGAUUACCCAAACACCGUGUGAUUGGAAGUGGAUGUAAUCUGGAUUCUGCGAGAUUUCGCUACCUUAUGGCUGAAAAACUUGGCAUUCAUCCCAGCAGCUGUCAUGGAUGGAUUUUGGGGGAACAUGGCGACUCAAGUGGGGCUGUGUGGAGUGGUGUGAAUGUGGCAGGUGUUUCUCUUCAGGAAUUGAAUCCAGAAAUGGGAACUGACAAUGAUAGUGAAAAUUGGAAGGAAGUGCAUAAGAUGGUGGUUGAAAGGAGUUUGAUCUACAAGUGGAGAAAAAGAACCUUAAAAAAGUUGAAAAGUGCCUAUGAAGUCAUCAAGCUAAAAGGAUAUACCAACUGGGCUAUUGGAUUAAGUGUGGCUGAUCUUAUUGAAUCCAUGUUGAAAAAUCUAUCCAGGAUUCAUCCCGUGUCAACAAUGGUAAAGGGGAUGUAUGGCAUCGAGAAUGAAGUCUUCCUGAGCCUUCCGUGUAUCCUCAAUGCCCGGGGAUUAACCAGCGUUAUCAACCAGAAGCUCAAGGAUGAUGAGGUUGCUCAGCUCAAGAAAAGUGCAGAUACCCUGUGGGACAUCCAGAAGGACCUAAAAGACCUGUGACUGCUGAGCCCUAGGCUGUAGAAGUUUAAAAACUACAAUGUGAUUAACUCUGAGCCUUUAGUUUUCAUCCAUGUACAUGAAUCUUAGUUUGCUCUGACCUUUAAUAUGUGAAUUUGAGCUCAUAGAAUCAAAGCCUAUGUUUGGUUUAAUGCUUGCAAUGAGUUCUAGAACAAAUAAAAUUAACUAUUGCAGUGUGCUUCUA